AUGGCCUCCCAACACGUACCCUUCGAUCCCCCAGCUUUCUUGUCGCUGUUAAUUGGCGCGAGCCUCGUAUCAUUUGAGCUGUAUCUUGAUCUUUUUCCUGAAUAUCAACCCCCGCCUGUGGCUGCUUUACGAGAGUUUGUUGGACCUGAUGUGUGUCGGGGCAUAACAUACUUUGUCAUUGUUGUACAUUCAUUGGAAACACUAUAUGUAGUAAAGGUUUUGAGGAGCCGGGGUGAGUCGGACUGGAAGAAUAUUCUUAUGUGGGUGGUCGCUUCACUUUGUCUCGGUCUCUUUGGCACCUAUAAGUUGUUCAAGAAAACUGAGGAUAAAACGAAGAAAGUGGAAUGA